GUAGAGAAUUAACAAACUCAACCUCGGGGCACCGCGUUGGGCUUGACUCUGCCGUCUUCGAGUCUCCUCCGACCAUCCCAAAUCAAGAACACACACUUUUCUCCGAUCCUUUUCCUCCUGUUUCCGCAGCCGCGCGUGAAUUUUCCUCCACGCGCCUCUCACAUCCGUGCUGGAGCUGCCAUUGAGUUAGUAGAUAGCUUAAAGAAAACAGAAGAGCAUAUAUGGGGGAUCUUUUCGUUUGGCUCAUCUCCUUCUUCCUCCUUAUUACCCUUCUUGCUCUUGUUGUCUUCCAGCUGAUGUGCUUAGCAGAUCUAGAGUUUGAUUAUAUCAACCCUUAUGACUCUUCAGCACGGAUUAAUAGAGUGGUUUUGCCUGAGUACAUCAUAGAAGGAGUAUUAGGAGCCAUAUAUCUUGUAACAGGGCAUUGGAUCAUGGCACUUUUUACUGCUCCUUACCUCUAUUAUAAUGUGACACUGUAUAUGAGUAACAGGCACCUCGUAGAUGUUACUGAGAUAUUCAAUAUGCUUCACAAAGAGAAGAAGCAACGGCUCUUCAAACUCUUCUAUCUUGUUUUCCUUCUCUUUCUCUCGAUAUUCUGGAUGAUUCUAACUGCAUUGGAAGACCACGAGUAAAACGGAUAAUUGCUGCAUCAACUGACUGUUUAGCAGAACUCUUCAGUUCGUUGCCCCUAAGUUGCUCUUUACAGCUUUUACUCCACCACGACUGAUGUAAUUUGUGCUACUUUCAUUGAUGUUGUAUGAUUAUUCGAUGGCAGUUUUCUUUGGUACGGCUCCACGAUAUUCUUUUCAACCCCUUGUAUCGUAGCUGUAGUGUAAGGACUCAUGAUCGUGUAUUCUUAGUAUUCUUAGGUUGUCAGGUUGAAGCAAUCUAAACUAGUCGAAUAAAUCUAUUAAUUCAGACAUCGUUCUGUUCAGUUUC